UGUUCAUGACCCAGAGUCCCUGGCCAGCCUCUGGGCCCUGACUCAGGCCAGUAACUAGACCACUGCGCUUCACCUUCUUGACCUGAAAAAGUGCAAAUUAGGUGCUGACAUGCAGGGUUGCUGUGAAAACGAAAUGAGCAUCUCAGAGCAGUGCUGGGUGAGGCCAGCUGUCUCUAGGGGGACGACCACCUGAUUGUAGGUCCCACGGAGAAGUAAGAGACCCCAGCAACCUUUCUCCCAGAAUCUCCAGCAGCCUGACCUAGCCUGGGUGACGACACGGAGCCCAGCAGAAGUGACAGCAGAACCUUCAGACUCUCCCCUGGAAGCGCAGAGUCCCCUUGUCCCCAGGCCCGGGGGCACCACCAACACCCCUUUUGUGUUCUGUGCCUGUUUGCGGCCAUCAGCCCCUCCUGCAGACAGGCCUGAGCUGGGCUGCUGGCCUGCCCUGCGUCAGUGAGCAGCAGAGCUCGUCGAGAAGACCGGAGGCGCUGAGCCCCAGAGACCGCAUACCCCAGCUCUUCGAGCAGACAGUCAUGUCGCUGUCCUACAGGCCUUUGAAGUCAAGGAGGCACAUUCUGACUUCCACUCAGCCCCGCCCAAAGGAAGACCUGAACUUCCAUCAGCAGCCACCAGCGCCGCCGCCGGCUCCAGCACCACCGGCUCCAGCACCGGAGCAAACAAUGAGUCCCCUCCAUUGGCAGGUGCGAGAGAGCCACCCCAACUUCCUUCCCAACAACUUCCAUCAGCUGAAUUUGGACCCUCAGCAGCCAGAAGCAAAUGGGGGCCAACAGAGGUCAAAGGAGCCAGAAAACAACCUGUACAGAAAGUAUGAGGAGAAGGUGCGGCCCUGCAUUGACCUCAUUGACUCCCUGCGGGCCCUGGGCGUGGAGCAGGACCUGGCCCUGCCCGCCAUCGCCGUCAUCGGGGACCAGAGCUCGGGCAAGAGCUCCGUGCUGGAGGCUCUGUCGGGGGUCGCCCUCCCCAGGGGCAGCGGAAUCAUCACCCGGUGUCCACUGGUGCUGAAACUGACAAAGCUGGAGUGUGAGUGGACGGGGAGAAUCAGCUACCGCAACAUAACGCUACAGCUGCACAACCCCUCCGAGGUGGAGUGGGAGAUCCGUAAAGCCCAGAAUAUCAUAGCUGGGAAUGGAGUUGGCAUCAGCCAUGAGCUCAUCAAUCUGGAGGUCACCUCCCCUGAGGUCCCAGAUCUGACCCUCAUUGACCUUCCCGGCAUCACCAGGGUGGCUGUGGAAAACCAGCCACAGGACAUCGGACUGCAGAUCAAGGCACUCAUCAAAAAGUACAUCCAGAGGCAAGAGACCAUCAACUUGGUGGUAGUCCCCUGCAACGUGGACAUCGCCACCACAGAGGCACUGAGCAUGGCCCAGGAGGUGGACCCCGAUGGAGACAGGACCAUAGGGAUCCUGACCAAACCAGACCUAGUGGACAAGGGCACUGAGAAAAGCGUCCUGAAGGUCAUGCAGAACCUCACCUAUCAUCUCAAGAAGGGCUAUAUGAUCGUGAAGUGCCGGGGCCAGCAGGAUAUCACCAACAAGCUGAGCUUGGCAGAGGCAACCAUGAAAGAAACACUGUUCUUUCAGACACAUCCGUAUUUCAGGGUUCUUCUAGAUGAAGGAAAGGCCACGGUGCCUCUUCUGGCAGAAAGACUUACCACCGAGCUCAUAUGGCACAUCAAUAAAUCACUCCCCUUGUUAGAAAACCAAAUAAAGGAGAAGCACCAGAGGGCGACAGAGGAGCUGCGCCAGUACGGGGAUGACAUUCCCAGCAAUGAAGGGGAUAAAAUGUUCUUCCUCAUAGAGAAAAUUAAGGUAUUUAACGAGGACAUUCAAAAGUUAAUAGAAGGAGAAGAAAUUGUAAUGGAGACAGAGUCCCGCUUAUGUAACAAAAUCAGAGAGGAGUUUACAAGCUGGGUACUCAUACUUAGCGCCAACAUUGAAAAAGUUAAAAGUAUCCUUAACGAGGAAGUCUCAAAAUAUGAAACGAAGUAUCGAGGCAAAGAACUUCUUGGAUUUGUCAAUUAUAAGACGUUUGAGACUGUCGUGAAGCACUACCUGGGGCAACUGAUAGACCCAGCACUCAAGAUGCUCCAGAAGGUCAUGGAAAUUAUCUGGCAAACUUUCAAGGACACAGUUAAAAAGCAUUUUGCUGAAUUUUGCAAUCUGCAUCAGACCGUCCAGAACAAGAUCGAAGACAUAAAAACAGAACAAAUGGCAGAAGCAACAAGUCUGAUCCAACUUCAGUUCAAGAUGGAGAAGCUGGUUUUUUGUCAAGACCAGAUUUACGGCGUGGUUCUGAACAGAGUCCGAGAAGAGAUUUUUAAUUCCAUGGGGAAGGCUUCAGAGAAUCCUCAGUUGAAGCAGCCCCUUUUAAAUGAUCAAUCUUCAGUUUCCUCCAUUGUUGAGAUUGGGGUCCACCUGAAUGCAUAUUUCAUGGAAACCAGCAAACGUCUCGCCAAUCAGAUCCCAUUCAUCAUUCAGUACUUUAUGCUCCAAGAGAAUGGUGACAAGGUGCAGAAAACCAUGAUGCAGCUACUACAGGACACACAGCACUAUUCCUGGCUGCUUCAAGAACAGAGUGAUACAGCUACCAAGAGGAAAUUCCUGAAGGAGAAGAUUUAUCGGCUGACUCAGGCACAGCAAGCUCUCUACGAAUUCCCCCAUUUCAAGGGGUAAAUCCCAAAGGAACAGCAGUACUUCUGGGUUUUGCUUAUGUGUAUGAUCAUUAAAGGAGUUGGUCUAGGAAUUGGCCUUUUGUUUGGGACCAGACCUUUCUGCUGCUGUCUGCGUCCAUCUUUGCUAUCCUGCACUCAGAACAAGAGAUUAUAUCUGAAGCCCUGAGCUGCUCAGAGCUGUCACCUCCUCCAGGAGGUCUUCCCCUUCCUGUGUGAAGAGGGGUCUCUCUGGUGCUUGGGCCCCAGAGCCCCCAGUUACAUUGCUGUCAUUCUUUGUUCACUUGUCACCCCUCCCCAUUAGAUUAGGAGAACUCAGAGAGGUAAGGUCAGUUCUUAUUCUUUUGUAUUUCCAGAAUCUUGCGUGGCCUCUGACGCAUAGUAGUUCACUUAAUAAAUAUCUCAUUGAACAAAUGAAUGAUGGGGAUUAACUGAGGCCGUGGCUUAAAUCCAGUUUGGUUGUUUGGAAUGGUGUCCCUUAGCUGGUCCUUUUCUUAGAAAUUCAGUCGUACCACCUGCUUCCCAUCAUUUGCUGUGAUGGUGUUUCCCAGUCCCCCUAGAUGAAAGUGGCUGAGUGAUACCAUUUUUAAUUUAGUUUCUCUGAAUGCAGUGAGCUCCAUUGCUAUACUAAGUCUUAAAGAGACAUUUGAUAAUGAGAAACAUUUUUUUAAAAAAUAUAGAGCUUCACAAUAGUGGUCAUCUCUAAAUUGUGGGAUUAUGGAUAAUUUUAUUUUCUUCUUUGAACUAAGCUAAUGACUUCACAGCAAUUUUAGGAGGGUUAAGUGAAAACAUUUUUACAAACUAUGUGUCCCAAAGCAGGUGUUCAAAACUGCUAGCAAUUUUUCCCUCUAAUUUUUCUUUACCUCUAGGUCUAUAGAGAGGCUCUCAGCUCUAAGACUCUUUCAGUCAAUUCUUACAUUUAGUUCUUUGAUAUUUUUUUGACAAUUUUUGCAUAUGAUGUUAGAUAAACAUCCUUUUGCAUAUGGACAUCCAGUUUUCCUAGCACCAUUUUUUGAAAUGGCUGUUCUUUCCCUAUUGUUCUUGGUGCCCUUGUCAAAAAUCAUUUGACCAUAUAUGCAAAGACUUGUUUCUGGGCUUUCUGUUCUAUUCCACUGGUCUAUAUGACUGACUUUAUGACAUUACCAUACUGUUUUGAUAAUUGUAGACUUGUAAGUUUUGAAAUCAGGAACUCUGAGUCCUCCAGCUUUGUUCUUUUUUCCCAUGAGUUUUGGCUGUUCAUGUUUCUGUGAAAUUCCAUGUGAAUUUUAGGAUGAGUUGUCCUAUCUUUGCAAAAAAACAAGGUCAUUGGGAUUUCGAUAGAAAUUGUAAUGAAUCCAUAGAUUGCUUUGGGUAGUACUUGCAUCUUAACAAUAUUAAGUCUUUCAAUCCAUGAACAUAGGAUAUCUUUCCAUUUACUUGUGUCUUCUUUAAUUUCUUUAAGCAAUAUCUUAUAGUUUUCUGUGUACAAGUUUUUCAAUCCCUUAGUUACGAAGUAUUGUGUUCUUCUUGUAAAUGGAAUUGUUAAUUUCUUUUUCAACUCAUUCACUGCUAAUUUACAUAUAUGUAAAUUUACAUAUAUCAUUUUUAUGUGUUGAUUUGCUAUCUUGCUACUUUGUUGAAUUCAUUCUUAGUUAGUUUUGUGGUAUAUUUAUGGUUUUUCUAAUACACACAAGGUCAUAUCAUCUGUGAAGUGAAAUUAUUUUGAUUCUUCAUUUCUGACUUGGAUGCCUUUUAUUUCCAUAUCUUGCCUAAUUACUGUGUCUAGAACUUUCAGUACUAUGUUAAAUAAAAGUGGCACAAGUGGGAA